AUGGAGAAAAGCUCGUCCUGCUCCUCCCUUGGUCCCGGGGGCCUCGACCUCUCCAACACCUUCUUCACCCCAAUCCCCGCCGGAUCGCCGCCGUCCCCCUCCCGGCGGCCCACCAAGAUCACCGUCGUCGGCGUCGGCAACGUGGGCAUGGCCAUCGCCCAGACCAUCCUCACCCAGGACCUCGCCGACGAGAUCGUCCUCGUCGACGCCAAGGAGGACAAGCUCCGCGGAGAGGUGCUCGACCUCCAGCACGCCGCCGCCUUCCUCCCCCGCACCAGGAUCACCGCCUCCCUCGACUACGCCGCCACCGCCGGAUCCGACCUCUGCAUCGUCACUGCCGGCGCCCGCCAGAACCCCGGCGAGAGCAGGCUCAACCUGAUCCACCGAAAUGUGGCCCUUUUCCGGCACAUCGUGCCGCCGCUGGCCAAGUACUCGCCGGACUGCAUAAUCAUGGUCGUCUCCAACCCGGUCGACGUGCUGACCUACGUGGCGUGGAAACUGUCUGGGUUCCCGGCGAAUCGGGUCAUCGGGUCGGGCACGAACUUGGAUUCGUCCAGGUUCAGGUUCUUGAUUGCGGAUCACCUUGAUGUCAAUGCCCAGGACGUGCAGGCAUAUGUUGUGGGAGAGCAUGGAGACAGCUCGGUUGCCCUUUGGUCGAGCAUUAGCGUGGGAGGCGUGCCGCUCCUCAGCUCCUUAGAAAGGCAGCAAGUGGCCUUUGAGGAGGAGACACUAAGGAAAAUACACAAAGAAGUGGUGCAGAGCGCGUAUGAGGUGAUACGUUUGAAAGGCUACACGUCUUGGGCCAUUGGCUACUCUGUCGCCAGCCUGGCGCGGACAUUGCUUAGGGACCAAAGGAGGAUUCAUCCCGUCUCGGUUCUUGCAAAGGGGCUUCACGAUAUCGAUGGGGAUGAGAUCUUCCUCAGCCUGCCAGCUCAGCUCGGGAGGAAUGGGGUCGUGGGCGUGGCUAACGUGCACCUUACGGAUGAGGAAGCUAAGCAGCUCAGGAGCUCGGCUAGGACCAUUAUGGAGGUGCAAAGCCAGUUGGGGCUUUGA